AUGCAUCUAACGCCUCGCGACGAGGAUGACGACGUGCCAGUCCAUGGCUAUGUUAACCCAUACACAGAGCUCAACAUCGGCCUGUGGUCACUGUUCGCUGGCGCAACUGUGCUUCUGUUUCUGCGCCUGUACGUGAAGGUCACGCGACGACACGGCCUGUGGUACGACGAUUAUAUUCUUACUUUUUCAUGGAUGCUUUUACUUGCAAACAACGCUCUCAUUAUUCACGAAUUCGCAACUGGUUAUGUCCUCAAGGACUCGACGGAAAGCUGGGACGACCGCAUGCACAUUCUCAUUAACAUUUCUUCCUGCGGCACUCUCAUCGGACAAGCAUUGACCAAGACCGCUUUCGCCGUCACACUCAUUCGAAUCAGCAACCAAUGGCAGCAAUAUGUUUUAUGGUUCUGUAUCUUAUCCAUGAACCUGUACAUGGUUGUCAAGGUCAUUUUUCAGUGGGCCAAGGUCUGCGACAAGGACAGUUAUGAUGUUUGGUACCGACUCAACUUUUGCAUUGGGUGGAAGUUCCGUGACAGUUUCAAGGAGGGUGGAAACGUUUACAACGUCAUUAUGGAUUUCGUUUUUGCAUCUUUUCCGUGGUUGAUCACACGAGGCCUGGAGAUGAGGAGGGUCGAGAAGAUUGGUCUAUCCGCUACGAUGAGCUUGGGAAUGAUAGUUGCUAUCGUCACAGCCAUACGUAUUGGAUGGAAGGACAAUGGAAACGACCGCGACAAGUGGUAUAUCUGGCGCAACGGCAUGUCGCAAGUUUGGUACUCGUCUGAAGUCGCCGGCACAAUCAUGGUCCAAUGCAUCCCGAUCCUCCGGCCGAUCCUGCAGAGCUUCCAUACCUCGUUAACGUCGAAGAAGUUGGGUUCCACGUCGGACGCACAAAGCACAACCUGGCUAAGCAAGUUUAGUGGGAACCGGGUAUCGACAAGAAUGGACAACAACGGACACAGCAACGGAGCCGCCCUGGUCGCCGACGAGCGCGGCCUCGCCAACAACGACCGCGUCGAGCUGCGGGACAUCCCCGAAGAGCCGGCCGAGUCGUGGCGCGAGGUGCCGACGUCGUCGUGGCCGCUGGACGACGCCAAGUUCACGCCUGAGACGCACACGCCCGACAGCCUGCCGCAUUCCGACUCGUGGGCACUGCCCCGUGGGGAGGACAGAUCGGGGAGGAGUUUGGAUGUGGAACAGGACAGGGGGUCGCACUCGAGUAUCGGCUUUGACGUGGAACCUGUUAGAGAACAGGGGUUGUCGCCACCUCCGCGCAGACUAGCCCAGUAG